AUGAUGAUGCUGCUGAUGAUGAUGUUUUGGACUCACGCCGUUAAAGCGUUUUUAGUGGAGGCAUCAUCAUCAGCAUCAUCAUCAGCAGCAGCAGCUUCAUCAUCAUCAGCAGCAUCAUCAUCAGCAGCAUCAUUGCUGCACCACCACUCGCUCUGCGGCUGUCUUCUCGACCGCGUCCGCCUCGCCACGAAGCGGGUCCUGACGUCCCCGCAUGCCUCUGGCCUGCCGUGGCUGCUGCUGCUGCUCCUCCUGCUCCUCGCUCUGCGAUUCCUCGGCUCCAGACUGUGGCGUCAGAGGGAGAGAAUCGGGCCAACCGUGCUAAUCGGAGGUGCCGGGGAGGAUCAACAAACUACGGAUCUCUGUGCACCAACGCGUCGCUCGGACGCGGCCCCUCGGCCCGUCGCUGGGAAGCCGUCGGCCCCGAGCGCGGACCGGGAGGAGGCCGGGCGGCCCGGAUCCGGGGCCCCCGGGCCUGGGACGGCCAAGCCAGAGGCCGCCAAGCGACGGGCCGAUGGGCCCCGGCAGCAGCGGCCGCUCCUGGCGGCGCUGACGUGGUGGACGCUGGGCGCCCGCCGGGAGGUCGCGGGCCUGCGGGCGCGGCUGGUGGAGCUGGAGUCCAACUGGGGCCGUCCCCUCGAGGAGGGGAGAGAGCGGAGCGACAGUUCCACGAUGCCCCCUUCUGCCCGGUGCGCCAGGCCUCGGCCGCUGCUCCACGAGGCGACGGAGCCGCGCUGGCCCCGCUCGCUGGAGCUGCGCGUCGAGCGACUCGAGGCCGAGAGGGGGGAGCCACGUGGCCACGGCUGGGGGCCACCGUCGGGCGGUCGCGGAGGAGGAGGAGGAGGGGGGGCGGCCGACGGCGGUCCCGGAGGGGGCGGCCAGGUGCGGCUGCAGAGACGUCACGGGGAGGUCACGGAGGAGCCGAGGUUGAGAAGGAGCGACACGGAGGACGAGGACGAGUGCCGAGAGUCGGACUCAGAAGUAGAGAGCGGUCACGGGGAGGGGGUCAUGGGCCAUUGUGGAGUUCUUAGUCCGCGCGUGCCAAGCAGUGACGGGAGGGAGGUCAAGGACGAGCACGUCAGGGGAGAGUCGGACUCCAGGAGCAAUCUUACAAAGGUCACGGAAGCGUUCGGAGAUCCGAGUCCAAGCGUGGGAAGCAUUCACGGCAAGGAGUUGAGGGAAGAGUCUGUACAGACUGGGUCGAUGGUGAGCACAAGUCACGAGGAAGUCACGGAUCGCUGCUGCCUGAGGAUUAGCCUCGGAGUGGUCACGGGGGAAUGUCACGGGGCGGACUCCGUCGUGGUAAGCAGUUGUGGGCAAGUGGCGGAAGAGCUUACGGUUACGAUGGGCAGUCACGGGAAGGAUAUGCGAGAGGGUACAGAGGCCGGAUCAAGAGGCGGUCACGUGGGGGUCACGGAGGUGUGUGCGGAGACUGGGUCAAGGUCAAGAAGCGAUCUCAACGACGUCACGGACCAAACGCACUUGAGGAGCAGUCUCGUGGAGGUCACGAAAGUGUGUACGGAGCCUGGGUUCAGAAGCGGUCACAUCGAGGUCAACCAAGUGUGUACGCAGACUGAGUUAAGGUCAAGAAGCUGUCUCAACGAGGUCACGGACCAGUGCCACCUGAGAAGCAGUCACGUGGAGGUCACGAAGGUGUGUACGGAGCCUGGGUCGAGGUCCAAAAGUGGUCACGUGGAGGUGACAGAGGUGUAUACGGAGCCUGGGUCAAGGUCCAAAAGUGGUCACGUGGAGGUCACGGAGGUGUGUACUGAGCCUGGGUCGAGGUUCAGAAGCGGCCGUGAAGAAGCCACGAAUCAGUACCAGGGGAGAAGUGGGGAUAGGAGGGAGGCAGCGGAGACCCGUGGGACGAGGCCGCAGGUCGGCCACACGCCCUGCCCCGUGUCGAGAAGCAGCCACGGGGAGACGAGAACGGAGCACGGAGCGCCGGACUCGACGUUCAGAAGCGGUCACGCGGGGAACGUGGAGGAGGAGCGGGAGGAGGGGCGUCAGGCUCUGAGUUUGAGGCAGGACAGCAGCAAAAAGAUUCCGGAGCAGCGCCUCCACGUGCCCUCGCCGCUUUCGCGAGAGGGUCACGGGAGGGGCAGAGGAGAGCACGGAGAGCCGGACUCGAUGCUGAGAUGCGGUCACACGGAGGGGAGAGAAGUGCGCGGGUGCUCGGAGUCAGAUGGGAGGGGAGGUCACGAGGAGGUAACAAACCAGUGUCGCUGGCCGAACGCGGACUUUAGGAGUGGUCCCGGGGAGAUCCGGGAAGAGUUCGGAGCAUCGGAGUCAAGGUUGAGAUGCGGUCCCGGGGAGAUCCGGGAAGAGUUCGUAGCGUCGGAGUCAAGGUUGAGAUGUGGUCCUGGGGAGAUCCGGGAAGAGUUCGGAGCAUCGGAGUCAAGGUUGAGAUGCAGUCCCGCGGAGAUCCGGGAAGAGUUCGGAGCAUCGGAGUCAAGGUUGAGAUGCGGUCCCAGGGAGAUCCGGGAAGAGUUCGGAGCAUCGGAGUCAAGGUUGAGAUGUGGUCCUGGGGAGAUCCGGGAAGAGUUUGGAGCAUCGGAGUCAAGGUUGAGAUGCGGUCCCGGGGAGGUCCGGGAAGAGUUCGGAGCAUCGGAGUCAAGGUUGAGAUACGGUCCCGGGGAGAUCCGGGAAGAGUUCGUAGCGUCGGAGUCAAGGGUAAGAAGCCGUCAUGGGGAGGAUGCCACAAGCAAUGACCGUUACCUCGGGGAAGCGAGAGAAGUGCGCGGGUGCCCGGAGUCAGAGUGGAGGAGAGGCGAUGAUGGGGAGGCAUCCGACGACUGUCACUGGCCCGACGCAGACCCACGGCCUCAGGGCCCAGGCCGGAGGAGUGCAGCUGCAGCGGAGGAGCGGUGUCGGGGCGAGGGGAGGAGGAUGGCCACUGACAUCCGCUGCACGAACGCCAGCGGCGGCGGCGGCAGGCGCAGUGCCCCCUGCGAUGUCGUCGAAUGCGACAGUGUCUGUAGCUACAGCAGCGGCAGCAAGUGUGGCAGUAGAGGUGGUCGUGGUGUGGAUGAUGACGAGGAUGAGGGUGAUGAUGGUGAUGAGGAGGAUUUAGAAGGCAUGGGAUGGAGCGAGGAGGCUUGGAAGAGCUACCGCACCGCUCAGAAGCUUCUGGAAUCCAACUACAGCAGCAACCGAGUCCGCUGGGCCGAUGAGGAGGAGGAUGAGGAGGAGGGCAGAGAUGACUACUUUUACGACCAUAAGCGCUCCGCAGCAUUCUCCACCACGCGAUGAAAGGGGUGGUGAGCGCGAUGGCCCAGUCGCAGAACGAUCGCGGUUCCUAACACCGGUGGGCCGUACCCCCCGACGAGUUAAUACUAUUGUGGAGCAUUGUUAAAGAUUUUAUCGGAGCGGACGUUAAAGGUCUCCCGGAGACGUCGUUCGCAAAAAAGUAGUCGGCCAUCAUCGGCAUGCCUUGGAGUUGCAGUCAAAAUUUUCAAUGGCAAAGAAGACAAAAAUGGAAAAUAAGUUGACGCCGCAAGUCACUCGAUUGCAAUUUCUCACAAAGUCAAAGUGCCGCGGUGGCUUUGAGAUGUUGACUACCUCGCCCGGUAUACAGGAGGUCGUGGGUUUGAUCUCGACCUUAACGCUACAAUGGCUCGGAGAUGUUGACUACCUCGCCUGGUAUUACAGGAGGUUGUGGGUUCGAUCCCGACCCUGACGAUGCCAGUUGCGAACUGUAUUUGGCACAAUGUAAACUGUAUUGGGCACAGUAUAAACUGUAAUGGGUACAGUGUAAACUGUUUUGGGCACAGUGUAAACUGUAUUGGGUACAGUGUAAACUGUAUUGGGUACAGUGUACACUGUUUUGGGUACAGUGUAAACUGUAUUGGGUACAGUUUAAACUGUAUUGGGUACAGUGUAUACUGUUUUUGUACACUGUAAUGGGUACAGUGUAAACUGUAAUGGGUACAGUGUAAACUGUAUUGAGUACAGUGUGAACUGUAUUGGGGACAGUGUAAACUGUAUUGGGUACAGUGUAAACUGUAUUGGGUACAGUGUACACUGUAUUGGGCACAUUGUAAACUGUAUUCGGGACAGUGUAUUGUGCACAUGAUUACAUCUCCAUUGUUGAUUACAAUAAAACUCGGGGUCAGUG